UAUAAAAUAUACACGCGGUAUGUAAUAAAAUCAAUUUGAACUUUGUGAAUGACCUUCAGCAGAAAAAAAAUCAUUAUGUAACGCCACAUCGUGUAUUACACGUGUAACAUGACAGACACGGACAUCGUGUAUUACACGUGUAACAUGACAGAUACGAACAUCGUGUAUUACACGUGUAACAUGACAGACACUGGCAUCGUGUAUUACACAUGUAACAUGACAGACACGGACAUCGUGUAUUACACGUGUAACAUGACAGACACGGACAUCAUGUAUUACACGUGUAACAUGACAGACACGGACAUCGUGUAUUACACGUGUAACAUGACAGACACGAACAUCGUGUAUUACACGUGUAACAUGACAGACACGGACAUCGUGUAUUACACGUGUAACAUGACAGACACGGACAUCAUGUAUUACACGUGUAACAUGACAGACACGGACAUCGUGUAUUACACGUGUUACAUGACAAACUCGGACAUCAUGUAUUACACGUGUAACAUGACAGACACUGACAUCAUGUAUUACACGUGUAACAUGACAGACACGGACAUCGUGUAUUACACGUGUUACAUGACAGACACAGACAUAAUGUAUUACACGUGUAACAUGACAGACACGGACAUCGUAUAUUACACGUGUAACAUGACAGACACGGACAUCAUGUAUUACACGUGUAACAUGACAGACACGAACAUCGUGUAUUACACGUGUAACAUGACAGAUACGGACAUCAUUAUUACACGUGUAACAUGACAGACACAGACAUCGUGUAUUAAAAGUAACAGUAAUAUUCACACAUACUUUAGCUCACUCGCUCGGUCCAGGUUGUCUCCCCCAGGGUAUUGUUCAGAUAAAAUCGCAUGUGCUAUUCGACUAUUGAUACAAAUCAUGUCACAAAUCAAUAUUUUACUGAAACUGCAGGCUUAUCUGAUCUGAUCAUUUGUGAAUAGAGUUUAAACAAUAAAUCCUGAAUAAUACAAAAGAAACUCUCUUAUACUGCAACAAACUGAAUUUUAAUUCCGUGUAGUCAUGUUAGAGUUAUUCCCCUUCGGCUAAUCGACUAUUGUUCGAAUAUCCAUCGUUACGUACUUUAAAAUACCACAUGGUUAAAAGUUGACAUACAAUGUAAAACAAAAUACUCGUAUAGAACAUUUUGUCUACAUUAUGAUAUAUACUGUAUAUAACGUAAUUAUUUCGGGUUUUGAUUAACUUCUUUAUGAAAUACGUAAUAACAUCCACCUACUGUUUUUUUUAUCUUUCGAUGUAAUUAACCAGUUUUAUAUUCUUUCACACCAGUCGCACAAUAGAAAUAAAUAACGUAAGAGAAAAGUUACGUCAAUUUCGUUAUUGUUAUUUUACCUGUGAAUGUUGAUUUUACUCCUGACCCUGUCUACAUUGUGACUAUAUAUAGUGUUUACGCUCUAGUAGAUUUACACUAUUUCGCUCACAAAAGGUUCGCUCGAUGUUAAGGCUGGGUGCCUCGAGCCUAGCCAUUCACGGGUGUCCUUACCUGAUAUUUCUCGUUCGUGACGUUAGUCUAUGUACGAACUAUUUUUAUACAUGUCUUUAUGUGGGAAGUACAAUAGUAAAACCAUCGUCAGGUAGGCGUUCACAGUUUGAAUGUAAACACAUGUGUAAGCUGACUUAUAUAGGACGGGGUAGCCGUUUUAUAACGCUGAUUUCUGGAUAACAUAACUAUAAGAACCAUGACAAUGCUGAACACCGUCUGCAGAUUGUUUGUUACGUUAAUAACCUUUCAGAUCAAUCAAGCACGAGAAGGACCACCUAGAAUACUACCUCAGUCUCAACGUAGCUUCUACUAUUCAGCCGCCUCUAACUCAAGCAUCCUGUUAACAUGUCGAGCCGACGGGUCUACUCCUAUCAGAUUCGUUUGGGAGAAAAAUGGACUUCUAGUAAAAUUGAAAGAAUUCGGAACUGGUGGUGGUAUUUUUGACGUAAAUCAUGAAAUAUUUAAUCCAACUCCUAAUGACGAGGGAGAAUACAUCUGCUACGUCAGCAAUGAUUUUGGUGACUCUAUGACGGACCCAGCUCACCUCACAUAUGCAGUGUUGUAUGAUCACAACAAGGAGAAUGACGUUUAUGACGAAACACCAGUGGUUAACCGUCCGUAUACACUACCAUGUGAAAUUCCUCACAGCAUACCGGAACCGGAAGUAUAUUGGACGGAGGUCACAACUACUGGUGGUGGGACGUCACAGCAGCGUAUCAAAUAUGACGAAAGAAUUACAUCCGAUAUCCAUGGUAACCUGCACGUCCUUUACAUUUUGAAUAGCGACGCCGGAAGUUAUAGAUGUGUCAUCUAUAAUUCAUUACUCCAGAAAACAACGUAUGGUCCAAUCUUCAACAUCCAAGUCACAGGCGGCGUUGGUCAAUCCGAACCGGAACUUUUGUGGAACUCUAACGAGUUUCCAGUGGCAUUACACGGAAGUGACGUCAUGAUAAGAUGUAUCAUCGGAGGCAGACCAUUGCCUAAUAUCGUGUGGACGAAAGUUGACACGGGAGCCCCGGUGAGAACAGACCAGGUGACAGACUUCGGAAGAACUUUGGUGUUGAAUAAUGUACGUUUCAGUGACGCUAAACGGUAUGAGUGUAGCGUUCCCGGGACAUCUUUUACCAACGGCGUCGUUUUUGACCUAGUAGUGGAAAAGACUCCUUCCUGGAUCCGAAAACCAAGUCCAAUCCAAGCAUAUGUUGGGGAGGACAUUGUCUUUAACUGCAGCGCCUCUGGUAUACCUGAACCAACCAUAUCAUGGUACAUCGACGCCAUCGCAGUCGCAGAUGUUCAAGGCGAUAAUAAACCCUCACGGAUAGAGAAUACCCAACUAACGGGCUCAAGUUCCAGCCUUCUCCACUUCACCGCAACUUCGUCGUUUUCUCUGAUAUGCGAAGUAUACAACGCCCAUGGCUAUAUGUGGGAUUGGACCUACCUAUACGUUUCAGGAACACCUCAGCCUACACCUAGGCCAUCAACACAAGCUCCCACUACAGCCAAACCUGCCGCGAAGACUUCCAACUCUGCCGCAAUAGGUGGUUCUGUUGGAGGGAUCAUCGCUGUAGUGGUUGGCGUGGUCGUUGUCUACUGCGCCUGGUCUAGACGAAGGAGGAAUAGAGAACAACCUGAAGUCAAACCUAACGUCACAAUGGCCUACAGAAACCGUGGUUUUAAUAACACUGAACAGCCAAUGGCAUCAGGGGGCAAGGGGGAGUCCUACACUGGUCUUUCCGUUGCCCGGGAGAAGGCCCCACAAGGGAACGUGUAUGACGAGUUGGGCGGAGCAAGUAAUGCUAGCCCCAAAACAAACGAUGAGGCAGAAUACUGCUAUAUCAGCGACAGUGACAUCAUAGCGGCACAAAGGGCGUCUAAAAAUCCCAUUCCGUCAGUUCGAAAUAACAGGUCUACAGGCUCUGGAGAAUCAAAUUCGGUAUCCAAUCCAUUAUCGUCCUCUGUCGGAUAUAAUGCAUCUGGUGCUCCCUCUAGCGGUAAUAAAUUGAGUCACUUCCCUAGCGGUAAAUACUCGUCCCUUGAUGAUCCAGUUUACCGAGGUCAAACCGGAAAUACACAACCACCGUCAUCGGCCGUAGAGUAUGAGGAACCGAAAACAACUCAUGAGUACUUCGUGUUGGAACCAGAACAUAGCAAUUUGUAGGACAAAAAUCUGGUACAAAGAUAUUGACAUGGCAUGUCGUGAAAUUUACGAGCGUGGUAGGACAUAAGACUGGCAAUCUGAAUUCUAUGUGGUUCACUAAAUGUCUUAUUAGUACACGAAAGAAUGUUUAACUGUGCACAAUAGUUGAUUCAGUGCUUAUGACCAGAAUGGUCCAUUUGCAGUAUAUGUGUAGUGGGUUCAUGAAUGGAAAAAUACCUCUUUCCUGAGGCUUGUCCAAUCCUGAACAAUAUCGUCUCUUCAGAAGACCGGUGAAGUCACAGCGGACCGUCAGCACUGGGGAACGGGUCCGCUCAGUCCAAAGGCUCGCUAAAGUACUUAUUCACCGGAACUCACCAUGCGCUGCCUAUAGUGAAGUCAACAGCUGGAUAUCUGAUUCCGGAAUAAGUCUAUUCCCACAACACUCUUCCCCUUCUUCAGAAAUAAGGAUCCUCUUGUUAAGACAGGAAUUACAAAAAAGACUAUAAUAAAACAAGCUAUUUACAUAUACACACACGCCGACUGGAUCGUAGUUUUACUUGGAUACAUAAUCGGAGAGCCACGACGGAUUACAAACACUGUGUCACUUUGUUAUUGUUUAACGUGUAACGCGUUCUGGAUACUUGUUUGAUAGUCUCAGGCUUUUUUUUAGCAAACCUAGAUACUAUCACAUUAUAACACAUCAGCAAAUUGUCUUAGAUUAGAUUGUUUGAUGACAGCUUUUACGACGGAUAUACGACGGUUCCUGUGUGCUAACAAUACACAUGAUGUCUAACUUACAAAGAAAUUAAUGAAGAUGAUUUAUUCCUCAGUUCACAUAACAAAGUAUUAUCUGAUGUUUUAUAUAUAUAUUUGGACAGUUACUUGGUUCAGUUAUAUAUAUCAUACCUCAAUUAUAAUGAUUAUGAUAUAUAUAUUACAGCGUCAUUUUUCUAUGGUGCUGUUCACCCAGUGUGUGUCAUUUUACUAUCUAUUUCCAGUACUUUUACAAAACGCAAUAUACUGUAUAUAUUUGGAAUAUAUAUAAAUGCACAAAAUGGUGCUAUGCAUCUAUCAUGUAUAUAUAUUGCCUUAAAUGUGUUAGUUCUAUACCGUAUACAUUUGAAAUCCAUUCUGAUCAAUGUCUAUUUCAAAAACUGAAAUCCCUUCAAAGUUUUUUUAGUUAUGUUGUAUACUAUUGAAUACAUGUACUUUUCGAGCUUUGUGUUUUUAAUUUGAUGUUUUUAUUGUUAAUUUUUAAUUGUCAGAUUUCUAUGCAAUAUAUUAAAACCAUUACUUGAGCUGUCCCUAUUGUAGUCUACAUACUGUACCGUAUGUUAUAACCCUAUUCGAGUACUAACACGGUUUAUAAUGUUAACAUUUUCAUGACGUUCUUUGAAAUCCAAUAGUACGUUAUGUCCAUCAUACCUCUUCAUGACUAUCACACCCCCAUGGCAAGUAUACCUCCCCAUGACUAACAUACCUCCCGAUGACUUUUAGUGCCCAUGACUAUUGCACCUCCCCAUGACUAUCAUACCUCCCCGUGAUUAUUACACCUCUCGAUGACUAUUACACCUCCCCGUGACUAUUACACCUCCCCAUGACUAUUACACCUCUCGAUGACUAUUACACCUUCACAUGACUAUUACACCUCCACAUGACUAUUACACCUCCCCAUGACUAUUACACCUCCCCAUGACUAUCAUACCUCCCCAUGACUAUUACACCUCCCCAUGAUUAUAAUACCACCCCAUGAUUAUUACACCUCCCCAUGAUUAUCAUACCUCCCCAUGACUAUUACACCUCCCCAUGACUAUCAUACCUCCCCAUGACUAUUACACCUCCCAAUGACUAUUACACCUCCCCUUGACUAUUACACCUCCCCAUGACUAUCAUACCUCCCCAUGACUAUUACACCUCCUCAUGACUAUUAUGCCUCCCCAUCCAGAUUUGAAAUUUUCUUCGACCUAUUUACCUUUCUCAGUCGCCUCCAAAGUAUGGACACUUUGGGCACCCUAGAGGGUUGCGGUAUGAUGCAAUUUAUUUUUAUGAUAUUGUAUCUCACUCUCACUUUGUAUUGAUAGGUGCUAAUAUCUGAUUUAUCUGUCUUUUUACACAAACCUCUACGGGCAUUACAAUACUUAUUUUUGUAGAGUAGAACUCAAGUCGUUAAUCAUCCCACAUGUUUUCCUAUACAACCCGGCUCCAUAAACGAGAAUGUUGUCGAAAUAAUUUUGUGAUAGAAAUAAAUAUUUGUUUAUAUUUCAUACAUGUACAUACCACAAAUAAUGUUGCUGCUGCCAACGUGUACUCGAUAUUGUUCAUUAUAUAUGCUAUAGUCUGUCUCCUAUUUGAUUCGCCCACGUGUUUACCUAGACAGUUAGGGCGAACAAAGUUCAUACAAUAUGUACUUUAUAUUUUGUUAUCUAUACACUAGAUUACCAAACCAGCAGUUCAAACAAUUCUCAGUGUUUAUUUUGAAUUAAAAAUGGCACAGCAUUUUAGUAUGCCUGAUGCAUUUUGAAUUUAAUUGUCCAUCUGAAAAUAUUACACCAGUAAUAAUUCUUUUCAAAUAUGUAUUGUUAAACAAGUAUGUCUAUCUUAUAGACUGAGCAUUCAUUUUCAAAAGAAUAAAAUGCAAUAAAAAUGAAACAGUUCUGAUGUCUGUACUUCAAUAGUAACUACUUUGUAUAUAGAAUCACAAGACUGGGUAGAUAUCAGCAUCACAUUAUCUUGUAAGUUAAUAUAAUGUGUGAGAAUCUGAUGCUAUGUUAAUUAAUGUAAGGUGUGAGAAUCUGAUAGUAUGUUAAUUAAUGUAAGGUGAGAGAAUCUGAUGUUAUGUUAAUUAAUGUAAUGUUCAGAAUCUGAUGUUGUGUUAAUUAAUGUAAUGUUCAGAAUCUGAUGUUAUGUUAAUUAAUGUAAAUUGUGAGAAUCUGAUGUAAAUUAAUGCAAUGUGUGAGAAUCUGAUGUUAUGUUAAUUAAUGUAAUGUUAAGAAUCUGAUGUUAUGUUAAUUAAUGUAAAUUGUGAGAAUCUGAUGUAAAUUAAUGCAAUGUUUGAGAAUCUGAUGUUAUGUUGAUUAAUGUAAUGUUCAGAAUCUGAUGUUAUGUUAAUUAAUGUAAAUUGUGAGAAUCUGAUGUUAUGUUAAUUAAUGUAAUGUUCAGAAUCUGAUGUUAUGUUAAUUAAUGUAAAUUGUGAGAAUCUGAUGUAAAUUAAUGCAAUGUGUGAGAAUCUGAUGUUAUGUUAAUUAAUGUAAAUUGUGAGAAUCUGAUGUAAAUUAAUGCAAUGUGUGAGAAUCUGAUGUUAUGUUAAUCAAUGUAAGGUUCUGAAUCCGAUGUUAUGUAAACUAAUGUAAGGUUCAGAAUCUGAUGUUAUGUUAAUUAAUGUAAGAUGUGAGAAUCCUAUGCUAUGUUAAUUUUGGAAAGUUAUGAGAAUCUGAUACUCUGUAAAUAUGGAAAUUAAUGUAAGAUGUGAGAAUAUGAUUUUAUGUAAAUGAUGCUGCCGAAAUUUCUAUCACUGUCCUUUUUAUGGUUACAGUAAAAUCGUUGAUGGAAAUGAUAAAGGUUUUAAAAUUAUUACCUUAUUUUAUUUUUACAUUACCAAUUUGCUAGAUCAUCAUGGUAUAUUAUAAUUUAUAAAAUACUUGACUUUUUACUGUUCAUUGACAUUAACGAGUGCCAUUCUUGAGGAUGCUAUUUCUAACUUUUUUAUCAAUAAAAUUGAUAUAUGCACGC